ACCACAAUGUCGAGCUCCGCUCUGCUGCGAACAACUCCACACUCCAGUAUCGACCACGUGUCUCAAGAGUUUCCCUUCAACAUUCGAGCCUGUGCAGAUUCAGUUCAAAGCUUAGCUUUCUUGAACAUUGGCUCUCCCAAAGCGCAAGAUGUCAACUACAAAUCUACCACUGCGUCACCAAGUUAUCCGCAUAUACAAAGAAUUGCUCUACCUAUCAAGAGACUACCCUCAAGGCUAUGACUGGGCUCGAUCACGACUACACAAAGCUUUCUCUAGCCAGGCGCAUCUGAAAGAUGAAGAGGCGAUUAGGAAUGGGAUCAAGAGAGCUGAGUUCGUGAGGAAAGAAAUCGAGGCGCUGUACUAUUUGAAACGCUACAGAGCACUACGCCAAAGAUACGAUCCGAUAAAAUAGGGAUAUGGGCUAUCACGCCAUGUAAGGAGAAGCAGAUACGAACGAA